CAUGCACCGCUGGUUACUACUGUCCUGACGGCCAAUCUCAACAAACCAACGUCGAAUAUGAAUGCCCCAAAGGCUAUUAUUGCCCUGUAGGAUCUCCUUAUCCAGUUGCUUGUGAACCGGGAACUUAUAAUCAAUUCGAAAGAAAAGAUGCCGACACAGACUGCCUCCCAUGCACAGAGGGCUACGCCUGUCCCGGAUAUGGUAACACCGCUGCAGAUAAGGCAUGUGAAGCUGGUUAUUAUUGUCCUGCAGACAGUACAUCAACACGAGAAGAACCCUGUCCAGCCGGUUAUUACUGUCUAGAGUUGCAGAGCAGAGGUGAUAUCAAUCCUUGUCCUCAAGGAACUUGGUCUGAUAGAGAACGACUAACCAGUCAAGAAGAAUGUCAACUGUGUCCAGCAGGAAAGCUUUGUGAAUGGACCACGGAUCCACUUAGCGAUUACAAUGACUUGCAAUCUUGCCCAGCUGGCUUUUAUUGUAUUGAUGGAGAGCAAUUCGAAUGUCCUGAAGGUCACUACUGUCCGACACAAGAAAUGUCAAUGUACAUACCGUGUCCUGAAGGUACUUAUCAACCUGAUUUUGGAAAGGAUAGUUGCAUUGCUUGCGGUAUUGGCCAAGAUUGUCCAUUUUCCGAUCUUGGACGAACAAGCCCAGAAAACUGCAAUGACGGUUGGUUCUGCGCCGAACAAACUCUUCUUCCUGAUUAUAUUUACCCUGUUCCUUGUGAUCCAGGAACAUAUCACGAUGCAGCAUCAGGUGCUCUUACAAGUGCUACAUGCAAAACAUGUGAGGCUGGAAAAUACUGCAACACAAUCGGUCUUUCUAGCUCAUCCCGUUGCGAGGCUGGUUAUAAUUGCAACGCAGGAUCAGAUCAUGCCGCUCCAGACGCAUCCUGUCCUGGGAUUGGAGAGGGAGACAUUUGUGCAGAAGGAAAAUAUUGCUCAUCCGGCCAGCCAGAAGCAGAUUGCAGAGAUGGUACCAUCAGUCCCUUCACUGGAACAAGCACUUGUUUCUCAUGUCCGAAAGGAUUUUCUUGUAAUGAUAAAAUCACCCUCAAUGAAUGCGCUGAUAACAGUUACUGUGAAAGAGGACGACCUCCAAAAGAAUGCAGUCCUGGAGAGUUCAAUGAUAAUAAUCGUGGAACAUCAAGAAAUGCCUGCGAAAAAUGCCGUCCAGGUCAUUAUUGUGAAGGUGGAACUAAUUUCUUACCUCAAAUGUGUUCUGCUGGAACGAGCUGUUUCCGAGCAGAUUCCGAAACACCUUGUGUAGCUGGAGAAUUCUGCCCUGCUAAUUCAACACUGCCUUUACUUUGUCCUCCUGGCAUGGAGUGCUUGGACCCAUCAACUCCGACAACAUGUCCUGAUGGGUCUUAUUGUGCUCCAACAAGUAAUGAGUCCGACUGCCCACAAGGUCAUUUCUGUAAUUCCACUGAAGUCUACCCGCAACCGUGUAAUAUGGGAACAUAUAAUGACCAGUUCAAUCAAUCAGAUGAGUCAGUCGCCUGUAAAAACUGUGGUAAUGGACGAUAUUGUCCAGGUGUCGGCACAACUCAAAGUUCUUCAAGCAUCUGUGAUGACGGCUACUACUGUCCUGAUUCUCAGCCGAAUUACGAAGCAACUUCAAUCAUUUGUCCGCCGGGAAGUUUCUGCAGUAACACCGGAGAAAAAGAAGCAUGCGAUGCUAAAACGUAUUCUCCAACUGAAGGAUCUAGCGAGUGCAUUGAUUGCCCCGAUGCUUUCAUGUGUGAUAAUCAGCAAAUUAUUCCAGAGCCUUGUGAUGAAGGCAAAUACUGUCAGAACGGCGAAGAAAAUACUUGUGGAAGCUCAAAUCUUGGCUAUUACAGAGAUCUUAAAUAUGGCGUCACCGAAGAGGACUGUUUUACUUGCCCAGAAGGUUACUUCUGCGAUCGAACCGGCAUACUCAAUACAACCAAUGAAUGUGAGCCUGGAUACUUCUGCACACAGCUUGGUGAUGCUGCUCAGCCAUCCGGUAGAUACAUCGAUGAUGCCGCUAUCUGUCCCGCUGGAUACUUCUGUGAAGAUGGAAAUCAACGAAAACCAUGUCCUCCGGGAACCUAUAAUCCAUCUCAAGGUGCCAAAACUGAAAAUGACUGCAUCGAUUGUACAGGAGAUUGUCCAUAUGAAGCAAUGACUGCUGAUAGCCAGUGUCCGGCAGGCUACGAUUGUGCGAAUGCUACUGUGAGAUGCCCAGCUGGAUAUUUCUGCGCGCCUGGUGUCGGAAAAGCGCAUUGUCCUGAAGGAACUUGGACUGAUCGUCUCGGACUCAAAUCAGCGGAUGAAUGCUACGAUUGUCCAGAGGGAUAUUAUUGCCCACAACGCGUUGAUGGGGAUCCACCUCUUGCUAGUUUUUCAGACAUAAGCUCAUCGUAUGUAUGCAAUCCAGGAUACUACUGUCCAAAAGGAUCGUCAAGAGGAACUGAAAGACAAUGUCCGACAGGUUUCAGAUGUCCCGUCGGAAGUUCAAUCUAUUUGGAAUGUGAGCCUAUUCAUUAUUCUGGACCAGGGCAAGCAAGUUGUGAUCCCUGUGAAAGCGGUUUUACUUGCUUCUACGCAGAUGCUGACUCGAACGGGCAGAGAAAAUCGAUCAGAGAAACAUGUCCUUACGGAAAGUACUGUCCUGGUUAUGGUGCUAUUUCAGAUCCGCCUGGGGGUCAAAAUCUAUGCCCUGUUGGAAAAUAUGGCCCAUCACAAGGAGCAGCUCAAGCCGAUGAUUGCAAACCAUGUCCUGAAGGGUCUUAUUGCAACAUCCCAGGUCAAGGAACAGAUAACCUGGAGAAUUGUGGCGAUGGAAGCUACUGCCCAGAGGGAAGUAGAGUUGAAGCUCAAGAAGCUUGCCCAGCAGGAAAUGCUUGCAAUAAUGGAGUUACAUUUGAAUGUCCAGAAAAUCAAUUUUCUAUCGAAGUCGGUUCAACUCAAUGCUCUCCGUGUAACAAAGGCUACAAGUGUAAUGGCGGUGAUAAUGUGACAGACUGUGAAGAAGGAAAAUAUUGUACUAGCGCUGGAGCUCUUCUUUGUCCUGCUGGAACCUAUAAUAGCUACACGACUGGAGGUUCUCUUGAGGAUUGCAUCCCAUGUCCUGCUGGUAAAAUUUGUCCUGAAGAAGGAGCAAUCGAUACUUCCAAUGCUCUUGAUUGCGAUGCCGGCUUCUAUUGUGCAGGUGGGAACACGGAUAUUUCUAAAGAGAGCUGCUCUGUUGGGUCAUUCUGCCCAUUGGGAUCUCGUUUCCCUACCGCUUGUCCACCAGGUUAUGAGUGUGAUGGAACUAAUGCUGUCGACUGUGGCCCAGGAGAUGCAUGCAAGAUAGGAUCUGACAUUCUUCCAUGUCCUGAGGGUCAUUUCUGUAAUGCGACUAUCUCCAGAUAUCCGAUCAGCUGUAAUAGAGGCACGUCAAACUUUGGCAUAUCUGAAGAUAGUAUCGAUGGGUGCACUCCAUGUGAAAAUGAAGUUUGUGAUGCAGUUGGCCUCGGCGGCACAUUGAACAAUAUCGACACCCCAUGUCUUGGUGGAUACUACUGUGAUAAAGAAGCGGACCGACCAGAUUUCAAACAAUGUCCUGCGGGAUCAAAAUGUCCAGACGAUAGUUCAGAAGCUGAAGAAUGCUCUGAAGGCACUUUCCAGCCAUCACAGGGUCAGACAGAAUGCGAAAUGUGCCUUGAUGGUUUCCUCUGCGUGAAUAACUUCACUGAUCCGUUUGCAGAUCCAUGUCCACAAGGUAGCUACUGCGCUAAUGCUAAACAGACAUUGUGUCCGAAAGGGACCUGGCUAGGUCUUCAAGCGCAAGUUAAUGUCAGUUCCUGCGAUAGAUGUCCAAAUGGCAAAGCUUGUCCUGAUAGAGGUAUUGCUGCGAUAGUUGACAUGGAAGAUUGUCAGAAUGGAUACACCUGCAUUUCUGGUGCAACGAAAAGAAACCCAUCAACAACUAAACUUGGAGGCUUCCUUUUGACAGGUCGAUGUGAACCCGGAACAUACUGUGAUAAUACUGAUGUUUCAAAAAUAACUUAUCCCAUAAAAUGUCCUCUUGGAACUUAUCGAGAUCGACGUGGUGCUGAGAACCAGGACGAUUGCUAUCCAUGUUCGGCUGGUCACUUUUGCGGUGAAACUGGAAUAGAUAUCAAACCGAAUGCUACAACUGAAUGCGCAGCAAAAUUCAACUGUGAUAUUCAAGGUUUAACAAGGUUGUAUGGAGCUAUUGAUGAGUUUGGAAGUUCAUUUGAUCCCCUCGAGUUAGCGUUUCCAACUCUUCCUUUUGAUCAAAAUCCUUGUGAAGCAGGUCAUUAUUGCGAAAAGGGUAGCUCUUCUGAUUCUAAGUGUCCAUGCAAAAAGGGCUCCUACAAUGCCGCGGAAUACAACGACGAUCCUUCUUGCACAGAAUGUACUCCUGGAUUUUAUUGUGAGACCGACGGACAAACCGACGUGAGUGAAGAAUGUACAGAAGGAUACUAUUGCCCAGCUGGAAGCAAAUCAGCUAGAAAUAAGUGCGGGAGAACAAUGCAAUGCCCAGAAGGGUCUGCUGAUGAACAAGAUUGUAAACCAGGAUUUUAUAACAAGGAAACCGGUCAGCCCGACUGUCAAAAGUGCCCAGAUGGAAAGUUCUGUGAUCCACGCGAAGGUGGAACUCUUCCUUGUCCCAAAGGUUUUACUUGCAAAAUGGCAUCCGAGGAUGAACCACUCAAAAAGUGCCCGAAAGGAACAUAUAAAAUUCGAGAAGGAAAUAGUGAAUGCCUUGAAUGCCCAUUGGGUAAAUAUUGUGACGGUGCAGAGCCAUGGGAAACUACUGGCGAUUGUGCUGGUGGCUUUGUUUGCAACAGUGGUGGCUUUGCUGAAUAUCCAUUUGACACCGCUAAUUUUACUGCCUGCCUUCCAGAUUCAUCAUCAGCUGAGUGUGAGCCUGGACAUUGGUGCGACGGUGCAAGGCAAACUCCGUGUGACCCAGGAUCUUACAUGCCACAUGGAAAAGCAAGUCAAUGUAUCGAAUGUCCUGAUGGAUAUGCUUGCAAUGAUUCUGGUAUCAUUGAUAUUGAGGAUUACGCAUGCGAACCAGGAUAUAUUUGCACUGGUGGUCUCAUCCAAAUUCCUUGCGAGCCAGGAACAUAUAAUCCGCGACCAUAUGGAAUAUCAAAAGAAUUGGAUUGCCUUCCGUGUCCAAGAGGAUACGUCUGCCCUAACUCAGGAAUGUCUGAUGUCACAGCGGAUAACCUUUGCUCAGCGCGACAUUAUUGUCCAAAAGGAUCUGCAAUCGAGCAACUAUGUCCUCAAGGAUUCUAUUGUCCGAACUUACCAGAAGAUAAUGCUGGUGCUUCUCCUAUUCGUUGCCCAGCUGGAUACGACUGCUCUGAAGGAGGAAUCGAAAAUUUCACAGAGAAUCCCUGUCCACCAGGACUUUUCUGCCCAACUGGAAUGCGUGUAUCAUCAGACGCUAUCAGCUGUCCCAUUGGUAGUUAUUGUGAACCAGCAACAUCGCAUCCAGUUUUAUGUCCACCGGGUCAUUAUGGACCCCAAGAAGGUCUCUCAGACGAAGGCGACUGCGAACAAUGUACUGAGGGUUUCUUCUGUCCUGGAUAUGGAAACACUCCGGAUACUAUGCAACCUUGUUUGGCUGGUUAUUACUGCCCUGCUGGAAGCGACCGAGGAAAUCAACUCGUUUGUCCCGAAGGAUUUAUGUGCCCAGAAGGUAGUGAAAUGCCAAUUGCGUGCAACGUCGAAGCCGGCGACUCUGAUGGUGGUGUAUAUCAAGAUCAAAGAGGUCAGGCAAACUGUAAGAAAUGCCCUGCUGGCUUUUACUGUUAUGUGAACAAUGAUGGCUCAGGUGAAACUGGAGUUGUUGUUCCUGCGCUUUGCCCAGCUGGUUUCUAUUGCCCUCCAGAGACAGGCGACUAUUCCGAGACCAUGUGUGAACCUGGAAGUUACAACGGAGUUCUUGGUGCAACUGAUCCAACUGAGUGCACACCUUGCUGGGGUGGCUACUACUGUCCAAGUGAAGGCCAUUCUACAGGUGACGGAAAGACAAAUGACGAUCCAACUGAAAAACUCUGCGAGGAAGGAUACUACUGUCCAGCUGGUUCUAUCAGUAAAUUCGAAGAAGAGUGUCCCGGAGGUGCCUAUUGUGAGGCCGGAUCUUCUGGUUAUCAUCCAUGUCCAAGAGGAACGUCAAGAUCAAGCAAAGCUGGAGCUGUUUCAGUUGAUGAAUGCAAGCCCUGCCCAGCUGGAUAUUACUGCCGAUUUGGUGAUUCUGGUGAUGUUGAGAGUAUAACUGAGACACGAUGCGAGAAGGGCUUUGUAUGUGUUGAAGGAGCAUAUCUUCCAGCACCAAAUGAUGACAAUAGCACAGAUCCAUUCAGCCCUACCUUUGAUUGCGACGGCCUCAGAACGAAUGAAACAUAUUCUCACGGACAAGCUUGUAUCGACAAAGCAUACGAUCUUGGAUACACUGGAUUCCCAUGUCCGAAAGGAUUCCGUUGUCAUCAACGAUCAGCAGCACAGCAGCUUGACAUCUGCGCUCGUGGAUAUUACCAAGAUCAAUACGCUCAAUCUGACUGCAAGCCAUGUCCAAGAGGUUAUUUUUGCCAAGAACUUGGAACACACGAGCCUGAAGUUUGUCCAGUCGGUCAUUAUUGUCCUGCUAGACUUGAAAAUCCGAUCCCGUGUUCUCCUGGAUUUUAUUCCAAUGUCACUGGUCUUUAUGAGUCGAGCCAGUGUAAACAGUGUCCAGCGGGUCACUUCUGCAAGGGUGAAAAUCACAUAGAUAUUUGUGAGGGUGGUUACUUCUGCAGGCGCGGUGCUUCAUCAGGAAAACCAUCAUUUGACCAAAACGGCAAUGGCGAAUGCCCGAGAGGAUAUUAUUGCGAAGCCGGAACUGUUCUUCCGAAACCGUGUGCUCCAGGCCGCCAUGGUCAGGCAAAAUUGCUUGAAUCUGCGGAUUCUUGUGACCCUUGCCCUGCUGGCAACUACUGUCCGUAUAAAUCGAUGAAUUCGUUAGAAUAUCCAUUGAACAGCUUUAAAUGCAAAGAUGGCUUCUAUUGCGACCCACAAAAUGUAACUGAUGAUACACUCAUUACUGUUCCAGAUCCAAUGAACUUUAUCUGUCGCCCAGGUAGCUCCUGCCAAGCUGGAAGACACCAAGAAUGCCGAGAAACUCGAUAUCAAUCCGCUGCCGGCCAAGGAGACUGUCUUCCAAAUCCUCCGGGCUCGAUGGCCGACGUCGCAGGAACUGCUUUCCCCGAGCAGUGUCCGCUUGGUAAAUUCUGUAGUUCUUCUUCAUUUUCGUCCUUUUGUGAGCCAGGAACAUACAAUGAUGAAUCGAAUAAUAUGGGUCGUCAAAGCGAUUGUAAGCCUUGUCCAGCAGGAAAGUACUGUAACAACGGUUUUAUCGAAGGAGAUUGCUAUGGCGGAACGAUGUGCUACGGGGGCUCGUCAACUCCAAAUCAGGACAAUCCCGACAAGAUCUGCCCAGAUGGGUACUACUGUCCUGAGGGCACAAACGAAACUCAAAUAUGCGAUGACGGAGAAUUUAUCAAGGGUACCGGUCAGCCAAGUGACGCUGAUUGCAAACCUUGUCUGGAUGGUGAAUAUUGUCCUGAAAGCGCCAAAACAGUAGCUGAGUGCGGAAAAGGAGGCUGGUGCGAAGACGGAAAAUUCUUUCCUUGCCCAGAAGGUACAUACAAUGACGAAACAUCAGGAAAAUCUGAAGCUGGUGCAUGUAAGCCUUGUCCAGUUGGUCACACCUGUCCGCAUGAAGGAAUGACUGAGCCGAAGCGAUUCCCAGCACAAGCCGGUUAUUUCAUUAAUGAGACAGGAUCAGAUAGCAUGGACUUUCAAGAACCAUGUUUACCAGGAUUUUUCCUCGCAAAGACGGCAUCGGAAGAUAUAUUGGAGUGCACUCCUUGUCCUCCUGGAUACUUCUGUCCCGAUGAAGCCAUGGACUAUCAGCUCGGAUGCCCAGAAGGCUCUUAUUGCGUUGAAACUGAAACUGUGGCAGAUGUUAAUUCUACCGAACCAGCACUUUGUCCAGAAGGAUACUUCUGUGACAGAACAAACAAGAUCGAAAAAUGCCCAGCCGGCUAUUACUGCCCAGAAGGUUCAGCGUUCCCAACAACUUGUCCUCCCGGAACAUAUUGUCCAGAAGACGGGCAAUGUGGCUAUGAUAAAUUUACAGGGGAAGAUCUGGGUAUUUCUGCAAAUAAUACUUCGCCUUGCCGAUGUUCUUCCGGAUACUUUGAGCUUGAAGAGUCAAAGAGAGAAUCUGAAGAAGAUACUUGCCAAGCAUGCCCACCCGGUUAUUACAGGGAGCUAGACACUCGCGUAACAGAGUCUUGUUUACCAUGCCGAAGUGGUGUUCUUUGUUUCUCACCAGCAAUUACUGACUUAUGGAACGUAACGAUCGCGAAUAACACGAAUACUAUCAAGUGUCCUGAUGGGUACUUUUGUCCAGAAGCAGCUCUCGAGCCAAUACCUUGUCCCCAAGGAACAUAUUACAAUCUGAAUGAGACUGACAAUCUCGGUUUAGAAUUCGAAGAAGUUUGCGAGCUUUGCCCUGUGAAUACAUUUUCAAAUUAUGAAAGAUCCUUUGAAUGUUCUCCUUGUGGGGAUCUUGCUGAACAAAAACAAGAAGGAAUGAACAAAUGCCAGUGCUAUGGCAAAAACCGCGUGUUCCAACCAUCAAGUGGAAACUGCCCAUGUCGAACAGGCUAUAAAGCUUCCGAAGAAGAUGGCGAGGAAGGUGAUUGUCGACGAGUAAUUUAUGAAAUCUGCGCUUCCGAUCAGUUCCGAAAGUCAGAUGGUAAAUGCCUCACAGAAGAUGCACUUGAAGAAGAUUGCAGAAAUUCCGGGUGUCCGGCCGGUACUUUUGUCGGCGUCAAUACUCAGCUUGGAAUCUGUGAAUGCAAAGUUAGUCCUCUCGACGAAACCUGUGAUAUCAACUGCAGAAGAGCAAAUGAAGAAAUUUUCAAGUUUAAGUGUCCAGAUCCGCUUGAUGGAGAUGAACCGACAUUUGUUAUCGACGGAAUCGAAACAGAUAUCGGUGGUCUGAAUAUCGAAUCUGUCGUAUGCGAAAACAGUGAAGAAUCAGAUCAGUCAAUUUUUAUCGUUUCGAUGGAGAAUGAGCAGUUCUUAGGUUUGUACAACCCUGAUCCUUCUGAACUUGCUGAUUUACUCAUUCCAUCUCGACGAAAACGAAGACAAGCUGAUCAAAUUGCCCCUCGAGAAGGACUUGGAGCAUCAAUUAUUGAACAACCAGUCGUUUGUUUCGAGCUAAAUCAAGUUGUCAUGUUCAUGGUUGAUCAAAACAACUUCCCUGUUUAUGAUGAUACAAUCCUCUUCAAUGAAGGAGACUUCGACAAUGGCGCAUUCUUACAGCUCGAAGAAGAUCUACAGUCCGUUACAGAGCCGACUCCUUUCUUUUAUCAGUUCAGAAGCCCCGGUGUUUUCAAUUCGCCUUGCACAGGCCCAUUCUUUUCUGCGAGUCCAAGAUCAUUGAACCAAGCGAAUGUUGAGCAGAAUCAGCAAUUGUUACUCGAGCCCGAUUGGAUAUUUAUUUUCUCUUUCAUCGGUCUUCUUCUCUUUAUUAUUCUCCUCUGCCUAUUUAUCUAUUGGCUUACCGACAGAUAUGGUUGGUACCAGACCGUUUACACCGAUACUUGGUACCAUCGUUUCAAUCUUGGAAUGAACCUCUUUGGCUACCACAGCCGCCAGGCCGACACAAAGAUGGAACACAAACUUCAUCCUUCUGCAAAAAUCGGAGUUGUAAAAGAAGAUGAGCUUCCAGAAGACGAACUCUUUGAUUACAAAGAGCAAAAGAAGGUCGAGGACUUCCGUGCUGACAAUGUUUUCAGUCUAAUUGACACUGAAGUGCACCGUGCAAAGAUCGAACUUGAUGACCAGGCUGCCAAUGCUGACCUCGCCUAUGCUCAGACAGAAGCAGAGACAGAAUCACUCAAGAGAAUCUGGAAGAAUCGACUUAACAAGAUGAAGAAUAAUGACAACCAGGGCAUAAGUCAAGAUGAUCUCGACGAAUUUUCAAGAACUGAGUCCGAGAUCAUGCGAGAAAUCGCCCGCAGAAAAGCAAUUGGUGAAGCGAAUGCUGCUCAACUCAAGGCGCUUUCAACAGCAGAGCGUAAGAAACUGAAAGCUGACGCUGAAUUUGAUGCAAAUUUCAUGGCACUUGCUACUGAGCUCAUGGCAUCAACGUCGGAGACCAGAAAAGACGAGAUAUCUUCGAAAAUGCGUGGUCAAAUCGAGUCCCAGCAGCGCGAUUUGCUUACAUCCGAUUUCAAAUUAAUGAAAGGUGGAAAUAACGAAGAUACAUACAGUCGCGAAGAACUUUUCGGUUCUGAUGGCAAACUGCUCAGGUCUGAUCUUAUCUCUCAAGAUGCAUCGACUGGACUUCUCAUUCCAGCCACAGGAUCGAGCGCAAAAUGCCUCAAAACGGACGUUAUUAUCACAAUAACAGAAGAUCACUGCAUCUCACCAGCUACUGGCAGAAUUUUCCCAAUUCGUGGAAAUGUUCUUCUCGAUCCAGGCCGCCUCAGACUUCUUGUUUUCGACGAAAUCACUGCAGAUGUUUCGAACUGUCUGUUGAUACCCUUCGAUUCUUCCGAUAAAGCUCUUCAGACUGUCAAAGUUCAGAGUCCAGCAAAUUUCCGACUUUGGAAGAGCGUAAUCGACAGUACUACUGGUCUUACUGUUCCAAUCAUGGCUGCGAAAAUUGUUGAUAAAAGCUGCGUUCCCGUCGGCAAAUCUACAACAUCUGCUGUCACUGGCCUUCUUGUUCCGCAAGAGCCGUACGGAAUGACAGAUCAUCAAGAUGAUCAGCGACAACUCUAUCUGUUCGAAACCAAAGAUCACCAAGAUUUCAUCGCCGAAAGAAAAAUUCAUUUAUUUGAGCUUCUUCUCGACGAGCUUGAAAAAGAAGAUCCAAGUCUUGGCGAAAUCAAGAGUCUUAUUGAUAGAAUCAAUUCAGCAGUUCAAAGCCAAAUGGAAUAUGCCCAGACGAAACUAUCUCUUCUUGACUCUCAAUGGCGUAAUUUUACGAAUUUGGGAAGAUUCGGCGGAGUUAUCGGAUACAUGGAAUUUAAGGACACCGGAAAGCUUCUUCCUGUUAUUCACGGCUGGAAGGUCAAUGAUUGUCCGAUUCUAAAUAUUCAUUACGAUUACGAAAACGAGAAAGACAUUCCUCUUUAUCUUUCUAAAUCUGGCGAGCCAGUAACUAUUGGAACAGAAACUAAGAACAAGUCUGGACAAUCAGGUUACGUUACUGGUUUGAAAUGGUCCAACAAGUUGAAGGUGGUCGAGGAAGUCAUCCAAGUCGGACCAUUCUUACCAAGACACACUCCAAAUUACGUUAACGCCUUUGAACUUGAAUACGGCGCUAGAAUGAAUUUUAUCAAAAAAAAUGAUCUGGUCAACCUCAAGCUGGACAAAGAUGACAUCAAGUACUACUCUCAGCAAAUUAAGGAGACAGCGAAAGAUCUCAGAAGACUACUCGAAAUUGAAGAAAAACGCAGAAAGAAUAAAAUUAUGCAGCUGGAAAACUCCGUUUCAAGCAGCGUCGUAAGCGUUUUGACCGAUUCCGAUCAAAUAGAAAAGAAAAUCUUGGAAGACGCAACUAGCGCUCUCGAUCGACUGGAUAGAAAACUUUUCAACUACAUCGAAAAAGUUGAAGAUGAAGAGCAAAACUAUCAAGACCGCCUUGCUGAUAUUGUUGGGACUGAAGAUAUGAAUCAACUAGCUAUGCUUGAGCGACGACACGAGCUUGCCCAAGCUCGAGUUUUCUCUGAAUUUGUCGAGCAAAUUGAUAUCAAAUUGCACUACGUUCUUCUUCAGCUGAAUCUUCUUGGAUACAUCGAAGAUAUGGCAAAGGUCAACGCAAAUAUCGCCAAAGAUCUUGUUCGCGGAACAAUCUACGAGUCUUCUUCAGUCAUCAAUGCCGAUAUGAAUAUCCGUCUUCGAAAGAAACGAGAUGAUCGCGGAGAAAAGUUCCUUGAAAAGUUAAAAGAAAUGAUGACGAUUCUCGAACCUAACAGUAAAUAUGGCUUGUUCCAUACUGACAAGAUCGCUGUUGAAGGAGGUGGUAAGAAUCUCGAAGGAUCUUCAUCUGAUGAUAUCUUCCAAAUGGUCGAAAAGAAUAAAUACGCUCUUAAACACAUGCUUGACGCGGAAUACGGCAACAAAUUAGACGAAGCAUACGAAAUGUACGACAAAAAAGCGAGCGAUGAACUAGAACAGCUACGAAGAGAAGUUUUGUCCACUAUUCCAUCGGAUCAAAAUUCACGCAAAGAAAGCUUCAGGCAGUUCAACGAUCAAGCAAAACGAAUCAUUGCGGAAAACGAAAGAGCAAAAGCAAUCGCAGCCGCUAGAAUUGUUGAUGAGGCUAAGCGGGAAGGAAAACUCAAGGUCAGAAAAUUCGAAAAUGAUCAUCGAAGCGAGCUGGACAAAGCUGGUCUGUCGAAUCUUUUAACUGAGCAGGAAGUGGACGAUUACGUCGACGAAAUGGCCGCACGGCACAAAGCGAUCCAUGAAAUGUCGCGAGACAAAAUCGAACAUUUGUCUAAGAUCGACGACAGUCUUUGGGAAGACAUUUUCCGUCGAGAAAUCGCGCCAUUCUUCCAGCAAGCAGGUCUCAAGGAUGACGAUCUCGACGACAUGUUCUCCGAUCUUAUGGCAAGUGCGAACCUUGAAGCUUCAGAAAUUGAGCUCGUUACGGACUCAAUUGAUAUUCAUCAGUCGGAAAUCAACGAUCUGGCUCAAAACAUCGCGGAAAUUGAAAUUUUCAAGCAAAUGCAACGGUCAAUUGAAGACAACGACGACCUCUCCCGAGCUGAAAAAGAUAAACUCAUCCGUGAACUUGAAGAAGCUCGGCGAAGAGCUCGAGAAAAUGCUGAUGCUGCUAGACAGAGACAAAAAGAUCGUCUCCGAGAUAGGCUGGCGCAAAGACGAGGUCUGGUGGAGCGUGGAAUGAGUAUUUCCGAAGCGGAUAAAAUUCUUGAUGAUAUUCAUCUGUCUGACGAUGCAUCUGAAACCGAUGAAAAACAGGAAGACUCUGAAAUGAGAGAUGAACUGAAGGAAAAUAUGCUCAAAUCGGCAGAAGAAGAGGCUAAAAACAAGCUGAAGAGGAAAACCUCGAUCCUUCUGAUGCAGAGCGAUUGA